AUGGGCUUCGUGGACUCGUGCACCACCUACAUUGGUGCCUAUCGGUCAGAAUUCUCGCAGGAUGAGACAAAAAUCCUCUUCAUCCUCUCGUACCUCCGCAAUGAGGCUGGCACAAGCUGCGCCGCCUCGAGAUGGGCAAUGAACUGGAAACAGCGCAACUUCGAAAGCCUCAAUGGACUGAAGGCUGGGGUCACCUCGAUGUCCUUCUUGGAGGAGCUUCAGAGGGCCUUUGGAGACUCCAACGUGGAACAAGUUGCCGCUGCUCGACUCAUGGCUCUGCGCCAGAAUAGGCAAUCCUUUGCGGAUUAUAUCUCCGACUUUGACAUGCUGGCUGCGGACGCAGGCUACAAUGUGGUCACCUCCACCAAUUCGAAGGGCGAGUACAAGAAGGGGGAUCAGGACAACAUCCUCAUCGAAUUCCUCGAGCGUGGGUUGAGCAGCGAGAUUGCAAGUCGCCUCUACAACACCGGUGUCCCCUUACCCAAGGCGUAUGGUGCCUUCAAGGACUGGUGUGUCAACAUCGAGGCAAACGCUCUGUGCAAUCAGCUGCGCAAAGCAUCGCACGGGCACUCCAUGCCACGACCACCUCCCCAAUUCCGUCCUCAAGCCACUCCAGCAGCACCUGCACCUGCUCCGAUCUGA